AUGAAGUAUGCGACGUUGGGACAUUUAUUAGCACAAUAUGUGCGGCAAAGGGGUCUAGUUGCUAAAAAGGAGCAGUAUCAGAAAAGUUUAUGGCAGGAUACAGAAGUACAACUGCAGAAGUUUAUACAACAUUUGAAAGACGAUGGCAUGGAAGAUGUAUAUUCAGUGCAUUGCAACCAUUAUGCAUGGCAGCACCCGGAUUACCCGACUCACAUAACCUUAGUAGUUAAAAGCAUGGGUGACAGAAUUAUAUGCACACUUAUCACUAAAGCAUUGUAUUUCCUGAAUGGGUGGAGCACAGGCGCAGGGAUGGCUAUGGACGAUGAUAGUGGCGUAAACAAAGAUUUCAGGACUUUUAUACGAUGCACAAUCGUGCACAUGUUCAUGAACUUGUUGCACGAGUCCGCAUGUGCGAGUACAUGGGGCACAUUCUACGCAUGGUAUGCAAUGGCACAAAUGCGGGACGAGGCGCCGAUGGGGGAGAACCUAAUACAUACAAAGCAGUGCACGCAAAAUUUCGACGUACACCUACAAGUGGCUGGGUGGAGUAUGCAAGAAGCAGUGAAGGAGUGGUUGAAAAGCCAUGCAGACAUAAAGCGCAAACUGAACAGAGACAGCUUCGUGAAGCAUUGUGGUCUUGAAGUGCCACAAACUAAAGGACGCAAGCAUGAUGGAACAGCACACCUAGAUGCGCACACUUUGCAGAAAAUACAGGACAUUGGGGGGCAUUUACAGAAAGAAAUGAGCCAGGCAUUCAGGAAAAUUAAAAAAGAAUGGAAGGCAGGGGCGACAUCAGAAGGAGUCAGCAAUGUAGAGACGUCCCCUGAGCCAGAGUCGGAAGAUGAGGACGCAGAAGAGGAGGACGCGAAUGGUAAGAACAGUACGAAUACGACUCAGACGGAGAAGACAAGCACGGACAACACGGCAAACACUCCAUCGGCACCAUCCGUGCCGCCCGGACCAAAGGGACGAUCAGAGGACUCAAAAGCAGGGCAACCACAAGCACCGGCAUCCCCACCCGCGCCAGGGGAAGAAGGAACCCAACCUGUUACUGGUGCUGCAAGACCCAAGGGACCACACGAACAAUCAGGUGAGGCACAGUGCCAGGCGAGUCUUCGGCCGGCUGCAGCCAGUUCCGGUGGUAUUGUUAUAAGUACCGCAUGUACAUCCGAUGCAGAUUUAGGAGGAGGAAAAAAAGUCAACGCUGCUAUUGCCCACGGCGAUGCCCCCGUCGAUGGCGGCACCGAUGACCCCCCUCCAAAGCUAGACCCACCCAAACCAAAAGCGGAUCUGAAUGGGGACGGUCAGGCGGGGUCCAGCGGCAACAAUAGUAACGGUGGAGUGCCCUCUUUCGAUUUGGACAACAUAUUUCCAAAUAACAUAAGAAUUGCCCGCACGAUCAUCGAGCUACAUCUAGAAGUGCUCAACGAAUGUGAAGCGACAGAUUGGGAAGACGUCAAAGACGACUAUUUGCAGAUACUCGUUGAAGAGUUUAUGGGGGGCAACAACGGACAUAGUGGUUCCCCGGAUACUGCUAUCCCAAACGAGGCUUCAUCAGGAAACCAUGUUUCCUCCCCCGUGGAUCCACCCACCGAGUCCGACGGAAAGCAUCCAUCUGCAGCUAAUGACGACGAUCCAUGGAGUUGCAUGGAAACUAUACCGUUAGCAACGGACCCUUGUCCAGAUGAUGACCCCGAUCCAUGGAGUUGUAUGGAAACCAUACAGUUAGAUUCAGAACAGAGUCGUGCUAAUUCCAACCACAGGGAGGCGAACUCGGCCCCCACCUGGCACACAAAGUGGAUCCCUUGGAUUGACCGCAACAAACAUAUGCUGCGGGAGUGCACGACGCAGCCGUGGUUCCACGCCUUAAAAUGUGGGUGGACACAAUAUUAUCAACAACAUUCGGCAACCGACGACAACGGGCAGCGUGCCUUCGUUGCAGCAGCCACCCCGCCGAUGAACAAACUGCGAUUGUGGAAACAGUGGGUAGCGCAACAACAUCGGCAAAUGCGUAUGUAUAGUGAAGAAGAGUGGUUUCCACAUUUGUUGAAUACUGUGGCGGAGGAGACAGUACCGGACAAAGGCGAAGUACCUGGAGUCGAAAAAGACUUAGAAGUGGAACAAGUACUGGCAGCAGAAGAUAUACUACGACUGAGCGAUGUACGACGGCCCCAACCACUGCAUACGCAACCUUACAUGAAAAAACCGUUAACCGCUCACACAUGGACACUGAUCCUGGCAUUAGUCAUAGAACAGUGCGAGCUUGAAAGCCGUCUGCACGAGAAGGAGUUAUAUGUGGAUGACCUAUUGGAGAAGCUCUGA